CUGACUCUGACGUGAAGAUGACAAACACAUUUUGUUGGCUAUAUUUCUUGGGAAAGUAUCUUAUUUACAAAAUAUACUAAAGUAAAACUAGAUUCCUCGAAGCCUCUAUCACUAUUCCAGGACACACUUUGGACAAUCUUAACGGGCUUGGUGGCAAAGUUUAUGCAACUGACAAGUUUUCGUUCUGCUGAUAAAUUACAAAACGGACAUGUCUUUGGUAGCCUACGAAUACAGCAGUAGUGAUGAAGAGUCCGACCAGGGGGAAGUGGAAACCUUGGAACAACCAGUCGUACCAGUAGAAAAGGUUGCAAAACAGAACGGCACUCUGUUCAGUGAACCAAAUACGUCGGUCCCUGAUAAUCCAUUGGAAGAUGACGAACCAGCACCGUGUCUCCCUCUGCCUGCUCCGAAAGUUAUCACCAACGGAUUACACGUAGUGGAAGAGGACGAUGAGUUUCUUCGGAAAAAGGCCAUCCCAGAGACGGAACCUUUGCCACCACCGUCAUAUUUACCAGCAGUCAGGGCAAACGUAAGGAACGGAAAGGUUCAGAUCACGAUACCAUCGCUGCGAAAUUUCAAGGAUGACAGCGAUGCUAAGUCAAAACCGAAACCGAUUGGGGCAGAUCUCCCCAAAAGACCUACCGGACUUCUCAGUAUACUCCCGAAACCAAAAUCUGAGGUGGCAUUUCCCACGAGUGCACCACCGCUUACGGGUUCCGUAGCAACCGCUAAACCCACUGUAAAUCGUCUCAUACCGGAUUCGGUAGCGAAUCGACCUAGAAGUAUUCCUUUGAAAGAGUCAACAGUACGGAAAGCUUUACCGAAAAAGCCUCAAACUGAAAAAUCGAAUAGAUAUGACAGCGAAGAUAGCGAUGACGAAGUAAAAAUCGAUUUCUUUUCACUAAACUCCAGUGAGAAAUUGCCAGAAAUUAGUGCUAACGAAAUUAAUGCUAUGGUGGCACAAAAAGCAGCCAAAAUGGCACAAGCCGCUAAGAAAUUCGACGAACCGGAACCAAUGGAGACGCAACCAUGCUCUGGUGGACUUCAACAAACUAUGGCCGCUGUUUCACAGGAUAGGGAAGAUUUGGCAAGUGAACGUGCGUUGUCCUCGCUAAUCGGUGGUAACAAAGCCAAACGAACCCGCGUAGAUGAGGUGAACAUCAUCGACAUCAAUUCUUCGGACAUUGUUCCAUCGAAGGAAGAUUUCCUACGCCGAAAGCUGCAAGAAGAGACUGGAUUUGUUCCGACCGGACAUUUGACUGGAGAUUGGAGCUGUACAAGCAAGCGCAAAUCACACAUUACCUACCUUGCAAGUAAAGCGCAAGACAACGCACAGGAAUUGGAAGCGAUGUGGGCUUCCAAUAGGCAAACUCGCAGGCAGACACAAAGCAAAUAUGGGUUUUAAGUGGUUGGUAGCUUAGUUCAGCUUGUAAAUGAACAUAUUUAAUAUAAAAUGUUUUAAGAACAA